AAGAGUUGAGGUAGGGGUCAGCCAUACACACCCCGAUACGCACAAUCACGUACUAAUGAGCUGUGUGGGUGUGCUUGUUUUGCAGGACCAAAGCUCAGGCACAUAAUGACCACAGCUCCUCCACUCUGCCCCCUUAAUCCUCUCUCUCUCUCUCUCUCUCUCUCUCUCUCUCUCUCUCUCUCUCUCUCUCUCUCUCUCUCUCUCUCUCUCUCUCUCUCUCUCUCUCUCUCUCUCUCUCUCUCUCUCUCUCUCUCUCUCUCUCUCUCUCUCUCUCUCUCUCUCUCUCUCUCUCUUUCUCUCUCUCUCUUUCUCUCUCUUUCUCACAUUCUUUUUUCCCCUUUCCUUCUCCCCAAGAUUGUGUUCCAUUUCCAAACCCUGAAGGACAACUUUGAGCGCACGGUCAUUGACGACAGCCGACUGGCCAAGCGUCCCGCUGAGAUCUUCGUGGGGAAGAUGUUCAAGAUGGAGGUGUGGGAGGUGCUGCUCAUGUCCAUGAGGGUCGGAGAGGUGGCCGAGUUUUGGUGUGACGCCAUGCACACAGGGCUGUACCCCAUGGUGUCAAAGAGCAUGCGGCUGAUCGCCCAGGGUAAAGACCCUCUGGAGGGUCAGAAGCACAUGUGUGGCAUGGGGAACAUGUUCAACUACGGGUCCACUGGGUGGCCGGAGCUGGACGAGCUGAUGAGGGAGCCUCAGGCGCUCAUCUUCAUCAUGGAGCUGGUCCAGGUAGGAGACCCCUUGUCCUACAAGCGGGAGUCAUGGAUGAUGGAGAAAGACGAAAAGCUGAAGGAAGUGCCGUUGCAGCACAUGCAAGGCAACGCCCUGGUCAGACAGGGCCGCUUCAAAGAGGCCUCCGUCAGGUACCAGGAGGCCGUGCUGCUCCUGAGGACCGUCCAAUCACGGGAGAUGCCUGGAGAUGAGGACUACAUCAACCUGAGUCGCCUCAUCAUUCCCCUGGUGCUCAACUACUGCCAGUGCAUGCUGGAGCUGAACGAGUUCUAUGAGGUGAUACUACACACCUCAGAACUCCUGGACAAGCAUAAAGACUGUGUGAAAGCCUACUACAAGCGAGCCAAGGCUUACACAGCCGUGUGGGAUGAGAAGGAGGCCAGGAAGGACUUCAACAUGGUGGCCAGUCUGGACAUCAGCCUCGCCCCUCUGAUCCACAGGGAGCUGAAGAACCUGUCUGAACGCAUGAAGGAGAAGUACUGGGAGGAGAAGGAGAAAUACUGGAACAUCCUGGAGACGGAGAAGAAGGGUGAAGAGGAGGAGGAGGAGGAGAAGGUGGAAGAGGGCAAGGGAAGUAAAGAGAGAGAGCCAGGCGAAGAUGAUGAGAGCACAGCAACCGUAGUGGAAGAGGGGCUGAAGCCCAGGGAGGACUCAGACCCACAACAGGAAGUCAACAAAGUCAUGCAGGCUGAGACGGAAGUAGCCAAUGAGGAGGUGGAAAGCAGUCUGGGCACUAAGACGGAGACCAAUCAGAUCUCUCCGUCCGUGACGGAGGGAAAGGAUUGGCAGCAGAUGUUACUCCAGAUCAAGUUCCUGCAAGACGAGGGCAACUUCCGUUUUAAAGAGCAUCAGUAUGAAGAGGCUUCUGGAAAAUUCAAGGAGGCGCUUGAGUAUGUGGAUUUCCUUCAAACCAAGGAGGUGAAAUAUAAAGGCGAGGACUGGGAGUCUCUGGAGAAGGUGCGUCUGCCGCUCACGCUCAACCUGAGCCAGUGCAUGCUGGAGCUGCGGGACUACCAACACGUGGUGGAGCUCAACGACAAGCUGCUCAAGCGGAACAGAGGUAAUAUCAAGGCCUUGUACCAGCGUGCCAGGGCCCACUCUGCCCUGUGCAACGAGGAGGAGGCUCGCAGGGACUUCGUCACGGUGGAGCGUCUGGACCCAAAGUUCAAACCCAUCGUCCGCCAGGAGAUGAAGAAGUUGGGGGAGAACAUGCGGGCCAAGCACGUGAGGCAGAAGAAGACCUACUGGGACAGCACCCAGGAGAAGUGGGGGCCCGGGGGGACCAAGUCCAGUCAGAUGCAGACGAGCAAGACAGCGGGGAAGAAGAUGGGUACCAAAGAAGUAGAAGGGGCAAAAGUGGGACGGGAGGAAGGAGACAUAGGAAAGAGUGUGCCAGAAAGCGCUGUGACCGCUGUGAAAGAGGAUGAAGCGAAAGACAAGAAGACAGAGGGAACAUUAGAGGAGGAAAAGACUAAAGGCAAAGUGAGGUUUAGUGAGGCAGUGUAUGAGGGGGAGGCAAACUGUGGAGAGAAUAAAGCAGAGAGUGUGGCAGUCCUGGGAGAGACGGAGGCAGGGCUAAAUAACAGAGCGCCACAUGAAGAUACAUCUCCAGCACCAGCCACAGCAGCCAAAGAUAAUGUAGCUACCAGGAGAUCAGGGUCAGAUAAGAGCGGGAAGAAGGUCAAAUGCCAAUCAAAUGCUGCACAGGGAAAUGCUAAGGGAGGGUUAGGGAACAAAGGAACCAACGACAAUACAGGGUCCGGGGCAGGCAUUCAAUCAGGAUCGACUAAAAGGAGUCAGUUAUCUGGGACUAACCCGAAUGCUACAGAGGUGGCAGGGGAGGGAGAAAGGUCAGUGACACAGAAAAACACAUCUACAGUGGAGGAAGAAAGGAUGAGACAUGUGGCGGGAGGGAACAAACUGGAGGGAGAGCAUUUGGAUGAACAGCAUUCUGAGGAGAAAAGCAAAACCGAGCCUGAGGUCUCCACACAAAAUAUUGAUUCCUCCACCAAAAAAUACAAGCGUAAACAGAAAAAGAAGAAGUGAAUAUCAACACCUUAUGUCUUUUGUUAAGUUUUCUUUCUCAUAACUUAACUCUAUUUAAUAACAGGGGAGAUAGCAAAAAAUAAAUAGCAAGGGGUACAGACACCGUUUAUACCAAAUACAAAUUUUAUUUCUGUACACAAAGAGUACAAAGCAGCCAGUAACUCCAAAAAGCCUUUCUGUCACAAAUAUUUUACAAUAAAAAGGACCAGGGUAAAGGGGGAGGCUUGUCAGAGUGUGAGGAACAGUAAAUAAAUACACAGAAUGAAACAUUAGGCAAACAAGUUGAUAAGUGAGGAGCCGUAGUAAGGUUGAUUAAAACAAAGUCCCCUGUUCAGUGGUAAACCUUAGAUGAGUAGUAAUCUGCAUUGGAGGAGCCCUCCGUUAGGAUAAACUAGUUAGUCAUGAUCCCAAUAGGAGCGGGUGGGGGUGGGAGGGGGGGGUGCAGGUGGUUAAGGAUUAAUUGUCACGUUAGACAAGCCAAACCACCAUGCACUCUUCCAUAAACAGCCUGUGUGUGGACACAGGUCUACAGCUCACUUGGAGGCCAAAUAAGAAUGACUGUCAGAGGGUCGACCAACAAGAGCUAGCAGAGAGGAGGCUCGGGUCCUGUGUAGUGUUGAAGAUGGUGCAACUGGUUGGGCUUCAGUCAUGCUACAGGGAGCAGGAGGCCACCAGUGGCGCUUCACAGAAGGUUCUAGACAGAACAUUAGACGGUUAGGAUUGUAAAAUGGCCAGAGAGACAGAGGGAGAGAGAAAAAGAGACAUCGGCCAGGCUGUAAGCCGCUCUGUGGCAGAAACACAUCUUGAGUGUGAUAGAUGCCCUCAAAGGGCUACCACAGAGACAGCUCUGCAUGUUCUAGAGAAACCUACAGCAGGAUAGCCAGAGAGACCAGUUUCAGUUUUAUUACUGACAAAACAUGGGCAUAUACACAUAUGUUAUUAUAGUCAUCUAUUGUUGACUUACUCUAUGAUUUAUCUCUCUCUGUAUCUCUCCCUCCCUCCCUCCCUCCCUCCCUCCCUUUGUACCCUAUAUUUUCCAUAACACCCACUAGGAUCUGAAGUUCACUCAUCACUUUCUAUUCAUCCAGUAUCUCACAUCACAUACUGUAUGCAGUGGUAUGAUAGGGGUGGGGGUUGGGCUGGUGGAGCUAUAUGUAUCUGGAGCCACAAGUGUGCUGGAGGGAUCAUCAAUGUGUAAUGAGAUGUAUAAAUACCAAUAAAGAAAUGCUGAAAGAGUAAAUAUUCCUCAAAUUCAAAGUCUUUUUUUUCCGAGGCAAGCUGUUCUUUGUUCUGAGAGCUUGAC